GCGCACCACCAUGGACCACACCCAUGUUUCCAAGAGCCCAACCCAUCUCCUUCGAUAGACCGAGCGUGGAUCGAAGUCACCCAGUGAAUCUGCGAAGACUCACCUCCUUGAUCCAUUUCUUUCGAACACUCACCAAACCCGAACCUAUCUUCACUCCCCAGUCUCCUAUGCCAUAGCUGUGGUUGUUCUAAUUGAACUGAAGCAGUCAGGGAGCAUUGCCGCAUUGCGAACGGUGUUCAGUGCAGCGCGAUUGAGAAUUGAUCAUACAAUUGAUGAAGAUUUCGCCUGAUAGGAAAUAUGGCAACUCGGUUACAGAUAGAGGAUGACGACUCAGUCCUCUUGCGUGUUACUCAUUCUAACCUCAAGACCUUCUCAGCCAGUCUUCGCUUCUCCCUUCAGUCUACUGUGGAAUCUGUAAAAGAGAAGCUGUGGAGAAAAUGUGGAACAUCAGUUAAUUCAAUGACCCUGGAGCUUUAUGACGACACAAACUCCAAAAUUUGUGAUUUAGCCGAUAAUUCCAGACCCCUUGGUUUUUAUUCUCCUCUUGAUGGGUUUCGGCUACAUGUAAUAGAUCUUGACCCUUCAUCAGUAACCUCUGGUGGGUGGCUGGAAGACACUUCAUUGGUAGAGAAAUACACAAUUUCAGAGGAGAACUAUCAGAAACGCAGUGGCACUUUCAGAAAAUUUAAAGAAAAAUUGGUCUCACAAAAUCCAUCAGCCUUUGAGCCUAAGAUAACUGACAACUACAUGGAAGACCUUUGUGCAAAUAUCAAGGUGGGAGACAGAUGUGAAGUUGAACCAGGAGAGAAAAGAGGGGUUGUCAAAUUUGUUGGUCCAGCAGAAUCUCUUGCACCAGGUUUUUGGGUUGGAGUUCAAUAUGAUGAACCAUUGGGGAAACAUGAUGGCAUGGUGAAAGGAGUACGCUACUUUGACUGCCCUCCACUUCAUGGUGCAAUGGUUAGGCCUGAUAAAGUAAAGGUUGGUGACUAUCCGGAAAGAGAUCCCUUUGAGGAGGAAGAAAUAUGAAAUAGAGAUGGCAAAAUUGUCCUUUUCCUGUAUGCAUUUUAUUAUCAUUACAUUUUUUAUUGUGAGAAUGCAUUAUGCACUGUAUGUUCUCUCUCACUCUUUUUUAGUUUUAUUUUUUGUUUUGUGGGAUGUGUUUUUUUCUGUUUUUUGGGGGUGGGGUCUGGUUUGAAGUAGUGUUUGGACCUAACAAUGUUUUUGUAUAACGAUGAUGAAUCACUUUUUUUAUAUUUA